AUGCUCUCCCGGUUUCCUUUUGACAAUAUCUACUUCACGUUCGCCAAGACGGUCUUUCGAUGGCUGUGGAUAGACUUCACGACCUUCGUGGUGCGAAUCGUCUGGCAUCCCAAAGCAUUCGGAGGAGAGCUCCUUCAAGCCACACGCCCCCUUGUCCGGGCUCUCGGACUUGGUCGUCCGCCGACCACGAUUCAUUCGCUACCGUACGAGACCCUAGCACACAUCUUCGCCCUUGGACGCGACCCGUCCCCGUGCAAAACAUGUUCCCAGGCACCAUGGCGGCUCAGGGAAGGGAAGCCGUUGGCGCUGAACACGCCGCAGCUCUGGACGACCGUCCCUGUGACCUCGAAGGCGACCAUGAGCAUGAUGUCCGAAUACCUAGGACGUUCGGGCGGCCGGCCAAUCGAUGUCAACAUCUUGGAAGACCUCCACUUCAAGAGAAACGAAGUAGUCGUGGCGCUGCUGAACGCGCUGCGCAUUGGUGGCAACCCUGAUGCUCCCUGCAAGUUUCCGUGCAUCUCUUCUUUGAGAUUCGAAAUCCCGCAGACGAAGACCGAGGGCCUGCCGGAGGUCUUCGGCGGCCAUCUAUUAGAGUUCUUGCGAUUGUUCCCCGCAGUCGAGCAACUCGCGAUCCAAGGGUUCCGUACCGACGAGAUUGUGCGGUCUAUGACGAGCACGGCUCCUCCAGACGUUGUUCUCCCGGGACUGAAGCGCUUCGUGAUGCUCGGACAUCCUCACGCGGAACACUUGGACUCAGCGGAGACGCUCGUGCGAUGGCGUGCAGCCGCAGGGGCCUCCAUAUCCAACGUCUUCCUGAUUGGGGUUCCUGCAAGCAACUUGCCGCUGUACACGAACCACUACGGAUUGAGACUGCUGCUGGGGUGGCAAUUAUCUCCGAAGCGUGUGUUGCUCUCCCUUGUAACAAGCCGGGCAGCACCCUCGUAUUAUGGCGGGCUACAUGCAGGCGCGGACUGGAUGCAGGACGAGCAGACGCGUAGGGGGCGGCUUGGGUUCUACGGACCAUAUCCUCCAUAUACCAGUCCUCUGGAAAGAGCUAACGAUGUGACCAAGGAACUUAGCCUUACGAUUAUCCAACUGUCCACUUGGGCCCUCUCCUUCCCGAUUGAGUUGUCAUCUCCGGCCCGUACUUAUGAAAACCCGACGGCUGGUGCGCUGGCAUCAAUCUUCAAGACAGUAUUCAGACGGCUAUACUCGAAUUGUGUCAGUGCGGUGUCAAUCGCGCAGCGAUUCCGAUGUCAACUUGUCCUGAUACUCGAGACAGUCAGAAAGAAGCUGCUCAAGUACACACCGGUUCUUGCUCUCAACACCCCGCGACUCUGGACCGUGGUGCCUAUCAACUCGAGGGCGACGACGUACACAGUCCUCGACUACCUAGGGCGAUCCGGCGUGCUGCCGAUUGAGAUUGAUAUUAGAGUACCGGGACCUGACAUGCCCUUCUCUGAAGACGAGCUGUUAGGAAUAUGCACCCUGCUAGCGUGGAACUCUGAGCGCUGGCGGCAAAGGGACGUUCCGAUACUCGAAGUACUUGAUGUGGACGUUCCGCUCCCCGGCCCAGAGAUCCCUCUCCUACUCCAGCAAUGGCCAGAAGUUCUGCUGCAGAAGGGUGCCCCGCGUCUCCGGGAGAUACAUAUCAUGCAGGGCCGUCUGACGGAAAUCACAUUGGAGCCCCUCGCCGUCCUCGACACUCUGGUACUCAUGACGACCCAUUGGAAUCUACCGCGCUUGAAACACUUAGCUGACACUUCACCCCUGAUCACCCAUCUCUCUCUGUACUGUCUCACCAUGUCGAAUGCGCCCCAAGAGGAUGCCGUCGAGACUAUGGUUGGCAUUCCGCUACUUAGCAUGCUCACCGCGCCGCUGUUGGAAGUGCUGCAGCUAGAGGAACUUUCUUUCGGGACGGAAGUUGAGGCCAGGAUGCUGCUGAACUCAUUGAAAACGGAGGACGCUCCGGAUGCGCUAUGCAAGUUCCCUCGUAUAUUGUCCGUCCGGUUCGAGAUUAUGCAGAUGAAGAACGAGGGGCUGCCUGAGGUCUUCGGGGGCCACUUACUGGAGUUUCUUCACCUCUUCCCGUUGGCGGAGCAUCUGGCUGUCCAGGGAUGCCGCAUUGAGGACAUCAUGGUGUGCAUCACACCGCCAAACAUAACCCUCCCCCGACUAGAGCGCAUUACCCUUUUGGCCCCCCUUUCAGAGGAGUAUUUAAGCGCCGUCGAUGCGCUCCGGCAGCAGCGUCAGAAGAUUGGAAUGCCCGUGCCAUCCGUCCAUAUCAUCGGAAUGUGCGCAUCCAAUAUGCCCCAGCAUGCGCGUAAUUACGAAACCGCGCCGAUGGUAUGGGGCUUUGUCCAUUUUCUUAGUAUGGGCACGCAGAAGGGACUCCGGUUUAGUCCAAUGUCGGACUCGAUUGAUGAAGAUGAAUGGAUGCAAGAUAGGCAGUUGUCCAGGAAUCGACUCCGACUCAAACAGCCGGAUAUGUUGGCUAUCAUGCAGCCGGACAUGUUGACUCUCAUGCUCUCUAUGUGUGGGCUGCGUGGGACUGAUGACGACAACGUCCGAGAGGUCUAUUGGGCCUUGCAAGGCAGCUCUGUCUCGCUCGGCGGAUUCGAGACCUCGUGUGGCGGGGAGAAAGGGGUGGGCGAGAACGGCGGAGGCGAGUCGGAAAGCCAUUCCUUCCCUAGCCAACGCGACGGCCGGCGCAAAACCCCUGCGAUCUCGGGGAGUGCGGGAGGAGAGGACAUCGGCGGCAGGAGGAAGACGGAGGUCGAGGCGAAGUUUCGUCGCGAACUUCUCGCGAGCAAGGCGCCGUUUGCCCUGGUCGCGUUUGGGGAGAUGACGUUCCGGAGGAGUUGCAGGGAGUCGCAGUCCGCGGAGAGGCACGUUUGCAGGAGGCUUCUUCCGGUGCAGACAUGGGAUAACCUGAUAAUAGUCAUCGCCAAGCUCGGCGACGUCUGCGUCCCCGUGCUGGACGUGCUUGUACGAGGUACGAUUGCCAUCUGUGGUAACCAACUCCGGAUGACGCUAGCGGAGGGCGCACUGCAGAACAAGGCGACCGCCUACACGAGGCAUCCUUACCAGUGGAAUUGCGGACUUAAUGCGGCUGGCAGAGAGACGUUCCAAGACGCAUGCAAGGUUUCGCAAAAACACCUUGAACGGUCCAGGACACCGCCUUGGCUUGAUGCGGAUUUGAGCUACGGCUGCUGCAGCGCAAAUGGACACGUCGGCCGCCGUACGCAAGGGUACUUCUGCACUGAAGAGUCUGCGACAUUACUAGCAUCCGGUAGAAUGGACAACCUCCAUUCAACACGAAUUGUGCCAAUGACGGAAGGCUCAGGUCGCCAAGUCACACGCGUCACACGUGAUCGACGCGUCGCGCCACCUUCUCAGCGCUCGGCGCUCGGCGAGGUCGAGCAAAGGUUUGAGAGUUGCUGCAACGCCUCUCUUAUCUCACUGGCAACGUGCAAAGCCAAUCGUAACAUGGAGACGGACUCAGUAUCCUUGGUCGUUCCUAUCACCUUUCGCUCGUCUAUUACAGGAGACGCUCCAGAAACUAACACAAAUAACGUUGCGCGGAGCUGGGCAUCUGCCUCUGCUUCGUGCUUAACAGCUUGGGGAUGUUCAGACGCCUCUGAGCAACCCGACCUGGAAGAGAAGUUACCGUCUCACGGACUUGCCUUCGGGUGUGAUGACGGUACAGUAUUUCUCUUCGGCUCGCAACUUGCAUUUCCGCGAAAGCAUGAUAUACCGGGCAGCCCAACCAAUACCCCCCCAGAGCCCGCCGAGCAAGUUGAAGCACCGAAGAACUAUGUGGAUUUUGAUGAUGAGCCUGAGAAGCUGAAGGGAAUGUUGCGGGGGAAGGCAACCAGGUCUGAGCUGCUUUCACCAGAUGUCGACAGAACCGCAAAAAUAGACAGGCUAUCAGUGUCGACGAGUACCAGGAGUAUCAAAGCGUUCUCCCCCGCUGCCUCUCUGAGAUCUCUCUCACCCCCUUCAUCUCCUUGUUCACCCACAGCCAACUCCCCAGCGCAGCGCGAGACUGGAUUAUUUUUGAAAAGCCACAUACUCCCGUCAUCUCUGGGCUCUACGCAUGCCGUUGCUGCGCUCGAGGCCUACGAUGAUGGUAGUAUAACUUCGGGCGUCAAGGCCGCCAGCGAUGCCUCCAUAUUGUGGAUCUGGCAGACCAUCCAAGUUGGUUCCGUUGGAGAGGCUCGCCUGGUCGUCGCUUCUGCGUCUGGCGAUACCUCGUAUAUGUCUCAGUCCAUAGAUGUCGCCGAGGGGGACGCAGAAACCCAGACACGAAUCUUGGUCUGUGAGCUUCGAGAAGGUCCACAACUGGAUGGAAGUGACAUGGCGCUCGUCAAGAAAGGCGACUGGGUUCUUGAUGGGCCCGCGGAAUCCGUUGGAUUCUAUCAAGAAAUGGACGGCACACUUGCGGUACACUACAUGUCGUCGGAUCACCGUCUUGUCAUCCGCAUUUUGUCUUUCAACGAGGAGUUGUCACCACCAGACAUUGGGGAUAUGAAAAGCAACUCGACCACAAUGUUGCCGCUACCAAAUCCGUUCAAGGCUUUCAAAAAUCUUUCACGGGAACGCCUAUCCGGAGAGACAGGAAACGACGACGCGUCAGAGUUGAGCCUGAGUGCGGUCAUUUCGCUGCAUCUCGUGCAGAGUGAUCGAGGCGGAGACCCAUUGGUCAUUGGGGGUUCGGACGAUGGCUCGAUUGGUAUUUGGUCUGCAGGGUCUCUUACUGCAUCAGAGGUCACGUCUCAACUCAUGUUUGUGUGCAUUAGUGUGGUACUUGUUCCCGCAUCAGUCGCCCCGCUGAAAAUGGUUCAUAUGCGAGAGGAUGACAUCCUACUUGUAUACACGGACAAUCGCGCCAGGCUCUGGGAUUGCAAGACUAUGGAAUUCAGAAGAUCCAUGAAUAAGAGUAAGGCCGAUGAGCUCCUGGGACAGGGAGCUUGGGCGGGAUGGCCCGCCGAACCGGUAAAACCAUCCGUUCCAGUAGAGAUUGUCAGCCUGCCCGUCUUUGCUGGGCUUGAUUCUGCGUGUUCAUUGCUACUUGACAUGGGCAGCAUUAUUCAUUCGAACACCGGUCAUAUGCCGGGACGAACAUCAGCCUCCAAGCAUGAUAGAGGGAAAACCCGUUCUAUCCUGGCGACAUUGUUGACUCCUGGAAUCAGCAAAGAGAUCGACGACAUAUGCACUGAGAGGCUCAGGGUCUAUCCGUCCUGCGCCUCUGUGGGAUACCACGAGUUCAGUUCGCAGGCUGUAUGGUCAAUAUCACCGGAGAUUUCUGCCUUUCGCGCAGUCAUCUUGGUCACUCUGUUGCAAGUCUUAAUUGACAAUGAUGACGCAAGUACUAUGAUGACGUUCUACGUUGCAUCCUUGCCCGAGGCUAUCGGGCCAUCAUAUCAAUCCCCGAGCUUGACGUUCCUGGCAAAAUACUAUCUUCGUUCCUCGGUACAAGAGGUUCGGAGUGCUGCGCGAUUGCUGUUUGACGCAGGAGUCGCACGCCUUUCUAACGAUGAUACCAUCCUCAUAGUUGAGAAAUGGAAAGAGUACCUUCCAUCUGUGCAAAAGGAGCGCGACACGGAGUCAGUCCGCAGCGCAAUGGCAUUGCACAUGUGCGGUUUCGUGGCAGCAGAGAAAUAUAACCUAUUGUCCACAAACGUACUCACGGAAACAUCGAAGUCCAUCGGGCUAUACCUCCAUAGGGAAGGAUCGCCAUAUCGAGCUCUCGCCAUUGAAUUGUGCUCGCGAGGUUUCACGUUGUGGCAACAAUAUGUCGAUGCCGUAGAGAUGCUCCGGGCUGUCUGCACCCUUGCGACUGUAUCUCGGAAGGAGGCAAUCUCCAUACACAACGUUGGAUCACAAGCCCGUUCAGCAGUGUUGCACAUUGCUGCGGCCAAUACGCCAUUAUUCAUGACCACAUUAACCAUUGAUAUCCUCCAACCACGCAGUGUGGAACAUCGCAAGGCCGUCAUGCAGCUUGUCAUAUUCCUGAUUCGCAAGAACCCUCUCGUCCUGUACAGCAAUCUACCACGAUUAGUUGAAGCGGUGGUCAAAUCUCUCGAUCCCAACUCGACGUCCAAUAGAGAUGCCGUCUUGGAUUCUGCGACGGAUAUCCUGGGACACAUUGUCCAAACGUUUCCUAACGUUGAUUUCCAUAUGUCAACACAGCGCCUUGCGAUGGGCACUGCCGAAGGCGCUGUUGUGAUGUAUGACCUGAAGACUGCCACUCGUUUGUAUGUCCUGGAAGGUCACAAGAAGAGGACGACAGCAUGCAGCUUCUCGCCUGACGGGAGACGUCUUGUGACCGUUUCCCUAGAGGAGUCUGUCGUGCUUGUCUGGAAGGUUGGGUCUAGCCUUACGAGCUUCUUCAAUCCGGGCGCUCCUCCUCGUCAAGGGCAUGGUGGCUCGGAUCCCUACAAGACACUGAGUUUCAAUAUCGGAAGUGAAGCCCAUAUGACAUUGGCUGCUACGCUGGAGGCUGUUCGCUUCGAGUGGCCAGCAGAUCGUAGUAACACAUAUAAGACGCUCUAUUGCCUCGACGGUUUAAACCAGCCCACCUUCCCCACCUCACUCUUUCUCGAGGCAGGAAGAACGUCUAUGAUUGUUCCUUUAAUCACGGCCGCGAUCUUCUCCGCAUCCAAUGGGCGCUUCAAAAUCCCUUUCAUUGAUGCCCUCUUCAUGUGUAUCAGCGCAGGAACAGGAACAGGUCUUACGACUAUAGACUUGAGCAGCAUGUCUGUUUGGCAGCAAGCGAUUAUCGUAGUCCUCGGAUUUAUUGGGAAUCAGGUGUUUGUAACGUGGGCAUAUUUCACGAAGCAUCUGAAACACAUCGUGACGGCUAAGCUCGAGCGCCGAUCACCCCAAGAAGACCCGUUUCUGAGCGAACAUUCCGUUGUCUUUCCUCGGAUACUUCCGGAAAACGAUCUGAAGCGACGACGGGCGGAAAUGGAUGAACUAGUAUCCGCUACUGUAACCCAUCGACCUUGUGAAUUAUUUGCGCGGGUGAUUGGCCGCAUCUUUCCACAAUUUUACCGGAGUGUGCAGCGGCGCUUGACAAUCCCACGGACGAAGAUGCUGGUGCCCCACACCCCUGGAGGCUCUCCCCCGAGAUCUGCACAUCAUGUGCCAUACAUCUCCUUCAACGCGAUCGUCGACAGAAAUUCUGUGUUCAAGAAUCUUACGGAAGAGAAUAUCCAAGAGUUGGGAGGGUUACUUUCUGUCCUACCCGGCUUCUUUGCAGAGGACUCACUUCUCACGGAGUACUACCUCGGACUACUGGUGAUCUCUUUCAUUGUGAUUAUCCCAUAUAUGUCGUUACCUGGAUGGCACUCCGUGAUGCACCCACCUGAGCAACAUCGAAUGAUCAAUACGGUUUGGUUCUCCACUUUCCAGGUCGUUGGAGCUUGGGCCAACACCGGCAUGUCUCUCGUCAACCAGAACAUGGUGCCAUAUCGUACGACAUACCCCAUGAUAACCGUCUUCACACUAUGUGUCCUGGCUGGAAACGCCGCAUACACAUGGCUUCUUCUAGCUAUACAGCUAGUGAUAGGUCUGAUAGCUUUGUCGUUCAAUCUUUUACUCAACCCCGCUAUGGACCACAUACCUAUCGGCGUGAGGCUGAUCAACGCCGUGUUACAAAGUUCGGCCGUACGAAGCGUCGUCUUCCAGUCAGCUCCUGUAUUGUCAUUCGUACCGGCUGUCCAGGAAGAUGACAACGCAGAGGGUGUGGACAGUCCCAACGAUGCGGCAUCUGGCCCUCGAGUGGCGAUAUGGGGCCAGUAUCUGUGUCAUCACGUCCGGAAGCAAUUGUCAUUCGAUAUGUGGUGGCUAGCCUUGUCACUGUUCGUGCUUUGCAUAAUCGAGCGAGCGCCCCUCAUGGCUGCAGAAGAUGCGACACGUUUUCCUAUCUUUGCGUUGAUAUUCGAGCUAGUCUCCGCAUACGGGACUGUGGGCCUUUCUCUAGGAGUUCCUUAUGUGCGUAUGAUCCGAACUACCUAUGGCACUGGGCACCCGCUAAUAGUAGUAGGCGAACUACUCGCUCCCGGGGGCUUUGCGCCCUCUUUCGAGGAUCGUCGUACCGCUAAAUCGGCGGAGAUGAAAGGCGAGGAAAUGCGGACACCAAGCGUGGAUGCGAAAAGGAAUGCUUCGGAGAUUCCUCUCGACGCGGACAAGCGGAGCAAGGCUUUGAACAUUCCCAUAUGA